GGCGCGUUUGUGGCCCAGAGGCUGCUUAAGUAAUCCUGGCCUUGCUCGGGCACAUGCACGUUUUCCUAAAACGGAAAAACCAUCAAGAAGCUCCCGAAUGCGACUGUCCCUCACUUUUUGCAACCAAAGGCGUUUCUGCAUGCUCUGAACCACACUAACACAACGUGCAGGCAUUGUACUGAGUAUUGCAGCCUACUUUUCUCUUUAGCCUUCUUCCCCUGCACCGUUCGGGCAUCUAUUUUGAAUUUCCCACCACAAUUUACAGGUAGUAGCAACCGUUAGUAAGAUGCAGAGCUCAUCCCCUGCACGGCACGACGUGCUUUGGAGCGCCAAAGGGCCUCGCUCACCUCUCACAGGCGCCUCUCACAAUUCUCAACGUGUUGAGCAUCCCCCUCCGUCUCCACGGCGUUCCGCUUCUCGCUCCACCCUCGAGGAUAGAACUCAAUGGGGAGAGUCAUUUUGGAUAACGAUUAUCGAUCCCCAGACCCAGGCACAAUUCUAUGCGUGCCCCGCAACCGGAGAGGCCUGCUGGGAUCCUCCUGCUGGCCAUUUCGUUAUGCCCCCAAAUAACGACGGCGAAUGGUGGGAGCUCGAAGACGAGACUCGUGGAGUACCUUAUUAUUAUCACACCAAAUCAGGGGAAACGCAAUGGACUAAGCCCGAGGGAUUUAUAAUACCUCUCGGGAUUAUUCAAACUACCACUGCUUUAGGGCGGCGCUUCUCCCAGAAUGCCCGAAAAAGUGCCACCGAGAAUCAGGAAUCGAGCAAUGGUCCUAAUCAUCAGAGUGCAAAAGCUCGAGAGAAUGGAAGGGAUUUUACGGCACAUAGACAUUUUGAGGAUAGAAGACGGUCUGCGACGUCAAGCGUAUUGAGUAGUCCUCGCUCUGCAACUUUUGCCUCCAACAGUGAAAAGACAGAUCCACAGGAUGGGAGCACACCCGAUCUCCUGGAGAACACUCACAACGACGAUAUGAAACGUCAGAUGAGGAUGUCUACGUCCGCGAAUUUUUCCUCGCGAACAUCUUCCACCCCCACCAAAGGACCCGCAUCGGGAUCACGGACGAACCAAAUUAUGGACCUCAACUCUCAGAGCCUAGCAGGCGCCGUUGAACUACUUGUCGCCACUAAGGGGGAGGGGGAAAUAUCACGCUCGGAAUGGGACAAAUCUCUGACUCUCAAUGGUGCUGUGGGCUCGCCCCCAUCACCACGAGGACCGGGGCGGGGCGGUGGGGACAAGAAUGUUUUCAUUGCGCCUCAGCCACCGAGACGUCGGACGAAAUCAAACGCUGCGAUGGACAGGAAGAUUCAGCCAAAAGCUAGCAAUGGGAAGUUCAUCACUUCGCCUAUCCUAGACAAAGACUCAACGAAACGAAUGAAUCCUGCCGCUAUGAAUGACAAUAAGCCUGUGUACGUGCCUCCAGGUGGUAUCAAGCGGAUGAGUACGGGCGAUCAUAGAACCCUUCCGAGGGAACUCGCGGAAGAUAUCCAGCAGUUUGUGGUUUCAGAAUUUGCCAAAACGUACUUUGCAACGCAUCGCACCGGGUUGAUUUUCCGACGAAAAGUCCCGGUCGAACAGAUGAUGUCAUGGCAGAAGGCACCACUGUCCGCGCCUUUACUAGUCCUGAAUCGCACGCUGCACAAAGAUGCUGUGAGAAUUUUUAAAAUUGUACAGCGCAUAAUGGGCGACCGUGCCACGGGAAACCAGUGGGAUGCGACUACAUCACCAGGGACACUGAGUAUCCUAGAGGAAGAACGUUGGUUACUCAGCCAAGGGAUUCUUCAUGGGGAGCUACGGGAUGAGAUAUAUUGUCAAGUCUUAAAGCAGUUAUCCGGUAACCCCAAGCAUUUUCAUGGCUGGCAGUUUCUUUGCGUCUUGCUGGUCACUUUCCCACCUUCCAAGAAUCUUGAGGCGUAUGUACGCUCUUUCAUGCAAGAGAGGCUAACUCAGAAAGCAGGCCGCAUCGAUAUUAUGGCCAAAUAUUGCAUUGGUCGUCUCGAGGCUCCAACUUGUGCCGAAAUUGAGACUGCUUCGGAUGCGGCCUUCAAUCCUUCCACGUUCGGCGAGUCCCUAGAAUCUAUCUUCCGGUUACAACACCGGAUAUAUCCAGGAGCUAAGGUGCCUAUUAUCCUUCCCUUCCUCGCGGAUGGCAUUAUUGCCUUGGGCGGCCUUGCUACUGAAGGCACUUGGCGAAUUUCCGGAGACGCAGACUCUGUGUCGGAGCUCAAGGUUCGCAUUGACAAAGGACACUACAACCUAGAAGGGAUCAACGAUUGUCAUGUUCCUGCAUCACUCCUUAAACUCUGGCUUCGAGAACUCCAGGACCCUCUCAUACCGGAGGAAAUGUACAAUGAAUGUCUUGAAUGUGCCUCAGAUCCUGAGAAGACGAUCAAUAUCGUGAAGCGACUUCCAACGAUCAAUAAGCGCGUCCUUCUGUUCAUCAUCAGUCUUCUCCAGCUGUUCCUUCAAGAAAAUAUCCAAGCCAUCACAAAAAUGAAUUCUGUGAAUCUAGCACUCGUUAUGAGCCCCAAUCUCCUCCGAUGCAACUCCGAUUUAAUGAUGACUGUCUUCACCAAUACCCAGCACGAGCAUUCCUUCGUUCACACCCUUCUGCUGCAUCUAAAGCCGCAUCGCGUCGACCCAGACUACAUACCCAAACACGGUCUUGCCCGCUAAUAGCGGGAUGCUCGGCAUGGUCAGCUUUAAAUGCUUUCGUUUACUUUUGCUGUCCACAAUUCCACUAUCUCCAUUCGUAACCCCGAUUAAUUUAUGAGUUUGCUCCAUCUUGCUUUCUUGUGUACAUCACGUUUACGGUAGAUUCUUUGGUCUUUUCAUUGAUGAGUUGAUACCCACAUAAUGUAGUCAAAUGCGUUUUGGAGGAUAGUACAGUAAUAAUGAUUAUGCAUGGAAGUACCAAUAUU